AUGAGCAAUGAUUUCCAGCAGCCAGAUCGCGUAGCUGUUGCAGCUAUCGAGGAUAGCGUGGACCUUUUUCAACUGGAUCCCGCGAACCUUGAGGCAGUAAACCCGGAGCUUUCCAUCUCCACGCCUAAAUCAGGUGACUCCUCAAGAAGCAAGCUCGAGGAGUUUGCGCUUCAACGCAAGAUCGAAAGGCUCCGGUCCUUCUACUAUGUCCUUCAGACGGCGAUGGGGACUUUGAUUGCCGGCAUCUCGAUCGCCAUCUUGACCGAAGUCCUCUGGCGUAUCAUCCCGGCUGGACGCGCCGCAGAGCAUGUCGUUUCGGGCUUUAGUGCCCUGGGCUGGUUUCUGACAUCGGCCACUGUGGCCAUAACUUCCACCUGCCCCGUCAACGAGCUCAACUUCAACUCCUUUGUGCAUGCAAGGCCGGUACUUUGCAUCUUCGUGGGGCUGCUGCCGGUGACAACCGCUGCCACGCGGCUCUGGGAGCUUCCGAUUCCCCGCUGGCUCUCCUGCGUCGUCUCCAUCCUGAUGUUGGUCCACGGCUGCAUCUACUGUUCGCCCUGCACCAGCUACAGAUGGCUGCCAUCCUUUGCCGUCCUCAUGGAGGUGUGGUACCUGGACGUGAUCUUCGCAUCAACUGUGAAUGAGAUCUCCCUGCAGGAGGAAGGACUUGGCACAGAUGUGUGGUUGGCGGUCCAUGCAACCAUGGCAUUCGCACUGCAGAUCUGGCUCUGGUGGAGGCGGUUUCCCUCCACCUCCCGGUUUUAUGCGGGAAGCUACAUGGCCAUAACCUGGAACAGCAGUUACUAUGCCUGUCGUGGCGUCGACCUGGCUCUCCAUCACAAGAAGUGGGAGGCCGGUCGUCAGCUCGACAUAGCAGUGCUAACCUCCUUUAGUAUCGCCGUGGUCGUGCUCUUGCCACUCCUCCUCGUCCUCUGCGUAGGGCGGAAGCGCCUGUUCGAUGGACUAGCCCAGUGGCUCGACCAGAGCCGACGACUGCAAGACGGGGCCUUCAUGGCCAUGCUGCUGGACUCCUACGUGGUCGAAGUGGGCCAACCUUGGUGGCUCUCCGAAGCCGAAGUUGCGUCAAGCAAGGAUGUCGCCUCUUGGUUGCCGAAGAUGAAGGGCAUGGCCGUCGGUUGCACCUUGUCCGUCUCCAAGACGAACAGCCUGCCGAAUGACCGACGCCCAGGCUUUCUCAAGGGCACGAUAGCGAAAGUUGCUGACGACGGCAAGAGCUUUUGGGUCCACUUCGAGAAAGCGCAAGGCACACGUGAAGGUGAUGAGAGCCUUCCUCAGGCUGAAGGCCUCCGGGGCUUUCAGGGUGAAGGCCUCCGGGGCUUUCAAGUCCACCGCAACCAGCAAGUAAUGCCCUGGCGCGAGCUCCUCGACCUAGGGCGCCGCCGUCUACGCUGCGUGGACUGGGCGUCUCAAAGUCAGGAGCUGUGGAUGCAGAGUUCGGGACCUGGUUUCGAGCUCUCGCGUCCAGUCGGCAAAGGCGAAGUCAUCGACUUCUUUGUCUCGCACUCGUGGUCUGACUCCCCGGAAGAGAAGUGGCGAGCUCUCCGGCUGGUCGCAGACAGCUUCCGGGAGCAUCAUGGCCGAUAUCCGACCUUCUGGAUUGACAAGUUUUGCAUUGACCAGCGACAGAUCGCAGAUGGCCUGCGUGUGUUGCCCGUCAACGUCAUGGCUUGUCGGCAGGUGCUCGUUCUGUGCGGGCCAACCUAUCCCACUCGCCUCUGGUGUGCAUGGGAACUUUGCGUCCUGUUGUCCUUCAUGCCGGUGCAGGUGGCCUUGAACCUGCUGCUGGUGAUUCCUCUCAGCGAGGAAGCACUCUUGCAACUGACCGCCUUCGACUGUUCCGUCUCCAGCUGCUAUGAUCCAAACGAGGAGCUGCGACUGCGCCAUGUCAUCGGCACGAUUGGCACGCAGCGAUUCGAGCGGAAGAUCCGGGCUUUGGGUCAGCUUAUCUGGGACCGAGAGCUGACUCGGAGCAAGGGAUUGCUUGUCGACGCCGUGAUUGGGCCUGGGAGCCAUUGGAAACCUGGUGAAGUCGACUCAUCUGGCGCAAUGUUUUGUAGAACUCCCUCUGGCGUGUCCAUAAUCGCAAUGUGA